UACAAAUAUCGGAACAGAAUUUUUUUCUGUGACUAUAGAAAAGAUAAAAUACUUUAAUUCGCAGCAGUGCAACAAAUUUUGUUUGGGGAAACGCAUACGUGUAAGGCGGAUUUUUCUCAGUCUAGAGAAUAGAGAAUAAAAUAGAGAAGAUUAUUGGAAAGCAGCCAACAAUUGGUAUUCUUUGCAAAAAUAGAACAACACGGCGUGAAAAUUAUGUCGGACGAUGUACAUAAAACGUCUCCCAGUGGAUCUCUACUAACGCACGCAGAAUGUGAACUUAUACUGCUGAAAGCCGUUACCACCAACACUGGUUCAUUGCUGAAAUUAAAGGGUUUUGAAGUGAUCAAUGCGACCGAGGCUGUUGGCUUUUUGGGUGAAUAUAAACGACUCGUACUCAACUAUGCUGUGGUAGAUAAGCAAGACAAUUCCAAUGAUCACCAACUGGUACUGUUUAUUAAAUCAUUGCCACUGGAGAAUAAUGAACCUGCUAAGGAGGCUAUUUUUAAAAAGGAAACAAGACUAUACAAUUCAUUGCUGAAAGAGUUGCAAGCCUUAACGACGAAAAUGUGGAAACCCAAAACUUUUUACACACGAAACGAUCUAUUUGUAAUGGAAGAUCUUGAAAAACUAGGUUACACUGUACGCAAAAACCCUAGAGAAAGUCUUAGUGAUGUAGAAAUAAAAAAUGUUCUAAAUACCUUAGCGAUAUUGCAUGCAACUAGCAUUGCCUAUGAAGCUAAAAACGAUAUCAGUAUUGGUGAAGUAUAUAAGGAUAUUUUGCAGGAGAUAACUAUUUCGCCCGAUAUCGCCUGGUACACAACAGGCUUAAAGGCAGUAAUGGCAGUAGUACAAAAAUAUUCUAAAGAAAAAUAUAUACCAGACAUAUCAAACAAAUUGGCUGCAAUUUAUGGUAUGAUUGAUGUGUCGGAAAAGUAUCAAAAUGUUAUAUGCCACCGUGACGCUUGGCUUGGCAAUAUAUUUUUCCAUAAUUCUGCACUGGAAACAAAUGAUGUCAAUAAUUCAGCAGUUUUAGUGGAUUUUCAAACUUGUCGUUACUGCGCCGCGAGCAUUGAUGUAGUAUUUGUUUUAUAUAUGAAUUUGCAAAAAAAAGAACGACAACUUAAAGAAUCAACAUACUUGGAAUGGUACUAUCAUAAGUUCUGGGAGCAGUUAGAAAGUUAUAACCUUGUUGUUGGAAAGUAUAUGACAUGGCAAGAUUUACUAAGAUCAUAUCAUGAAUUUCGUUUAAUGGGAAGUGUCUACAAGGCCAUUGCCAUGACAAUACUACAAGUACCGAAAAAUUUCGUAACCAAUGAGUACAAACAUGUGGAACGAACGCAACCUGUGCUGGACUACAUGGCAGAGAAUGUCAACUUUCGUACCAGUAUGCUGGAGACUGUAGCGGAAAUAGUGGAACUACUGUUGAUCGAUGAGAAGCAACAACAAUAAAUAAUCGCUGUUAAUGGGAAGACAUUAAUACAAAAGCCAUACAUUCCGUACAGAGAAACAUACAUACAUAUAUUAUUUACUAAUGAAAACAUAUGCCAAUUGAGUAACUUGUAACUUAACACAAAUUUGUUUGGUUUCUACUUGAG